AGCAGUUUGAUAGUUUUAUAUCAUGUUUAAGUUUUUUUUGUUACUAAAACUAAAAUAAUGUGAUUACAACUUGGGUGUUUUAAUGAAAUAUGGCUCAAUUUCCUGGAGUGAAAGCUUUUACCUGAAAUCCAGAACAGUGUUAUUGUAAACAAGAAGCAUCAAAGUUUAUAAAUUGCUUCGCAAAGAUUGUAACUUACACUGAAGAAAACAUCAAGAAACAAACAUCAAAACAAUUGUGUAGAAGCUAAACUGUCUCGAAAAUAUAAACAUGAGUGGGCGUUCGGUGGGAGCCCGUCGUACCAAGACAAGAUCACCAGGUGGCAGUAUUAAGAAUGAACCGGGUAAAGGAGAUGUGGAAACAUUAACUUUACAUACGAGUGUGCAGGAGAUGUUUGCCACACAUCUCGCUUCUUUACUUGGAGACCCCACUGCACUUGAACUCCAAUGUUGUGUAACUUAUGGCAAACCAUGUGGGUGCAUUAGGAAGUAUGUUCUUGUGGGACCGAACUGGAAGGAAAACGUGCAACGAAAUCUGCAUGUUACGCAAAUAAAAGACAAAAACGUGAACCAGAUAUCCGCAGUCGACCAAUCCACCACGGGCGACGUGCAAAUACGAAGGGCAAAGGAACUUGUCACCAUACUUCACCAAGCAUCGGAGUUAAAGAAGGAGAAGUGUUACACGGUUACUACAGAAGGUGUUGAUGGGAAACCAUUAAAAGAACUAAGAGGUAUGAUAGGGCUCGGAAACGGUCGCAAGCGAUCAAAGAAAUAUGAAGACUACGUUCUAGAGAAACGCGGGAUGCUUAGGAACACUUACAACUUGUGUGAGAAGGCUGCACAAAAACUACUUGGAUAUUCAAUCAACUUUCUUUACAAGAAACUAAGAACCAACCCCCAGAAAACUUCGCGACUCGUUGCCACCAACAAAGCUGAGCGAGCAUCCAAAGUUCCACGACAUUUAAUAUCAUUGCAACAACUACAAGAAAUGGCUAAUAACCAACAGAGCGCUAACCAAUGCUGUUGUCGUAACUGCAUAAGUUGGCUGGUGAAACAAAACUUCGAUAAAAUUGUUGAUUGGCGGCGGAGAUUAGAGGGAAGUGGACAGCGGGUGGCGCAAGAGAUCGUGGCCGAGGUCCUGCUUGCUUCAGCAUCACUGGACGGCCAGAACAGCUUCUGUCAGAACCUUGUUCACUGGGUAACUGGAUGUAGCUUCAAGAAGAUUAGAAGAGUAAGGGAUCAUCUAAAGAAAGAUCCUAAAAGUUUGCCAGAGCAUGGGCUAAAGAAAUACUGGAAGGACAAGGUAAAGAAGCAAGCUGGCCAUCGUGACAAUUCCCCGUCCACUGUUGCCAAGACGGAGAAGGACGUCGAUUCUUAUUCAUCGAUGUCAGGAAUUGAAAGAUUUCCAGCGGGUUACGACACUUCAUUCGAAUCAACCAACCAGAUAUCUAACAUAAACAACAGCAACAACAGAUUCGACAACCGCAACCAAUAUGUGCGAUCCAUCACCCCCAAUGCCCCUCCCAACCAAAUCACCCCUGAAACUGGGAUGCUUAACCCAUUCAACCCAAUGGCCACAUCAUAUAAUGAUGACGCAACUGCCGGCUUCUCUAGCAUGCACCAACGUGGGCAAACCAGUCGCCAACAAAUGUUUGCCACUACACAACAGAAUCAACUGCUCACCCAAGCAAACUUUAGCACUGCAGAUCCAUACAGGGCCCUCACACAAGCAGGGGGGUACACAGAUACACAAGCACAACACUUCCAAGAUUACCACAAAACCAACCAUAAUGACCGAGCUGCUCAACAUGAAAUACCAGAAACAUCCGUCAGAUACGACACACAGGUUUUAACACAGGCCAACACCUUCCAACAAAGAGGCAAAGACGAGCAAUCCAAGUUCUACCCCCCACCCUUUAUAACCCCUUUCCAGGAGCCAAACACAGGCAUAGAAGGCCAGCCUUCAUAUUAUUUUGCUACAGGUGGUGCCAACCCUGGACAAGAAGGUUUCUUCCAAUCUGGGAUGACCCCUUUUAUUCUCGCCCCUGCUCAACAGCCUGACAAUCAACAAACUGAUCAAGAGGGCGGGGCCCAGCCCCAGUUCACUGGCCAAUCAUUCUUCCUACUUAGUCCUGCCCUACCAAACAACCCAGAGAAGACAGGUGGCUUCACUGCGAGCGAUCUUGAGAACUGGAGGCAGAUGGGAAUGCCAAUGACACCAAUACAGAUGUACCCUGCAUCUUACCUCACACAGAAUAGUAUGCAUGGGGAGGGUGGGGAUAACAAGGCAGUACAAUGGCAGCCUGAACCUCAACACUUCAUGUUCCCUGUCACUGAACCUUUUUCAACUGAAGGGGUUACCUAUGAUACAAACCAGGGCAGUGAGAAGCGCCAACACCAGUAUAACAACCAACCACAAUACUUCCAAUCUGCCAUCACCCCGCUUGCAGUUAUGCAAUCUCCCGGCAACAAUCUGUUCUCUAAUGUUGGUUGGUUCGCAGCCCAGCCAUCAGCACAACCUGUACAAGAACCGGCUGCACAGAAAGCCAUCGAGGCUCGCCCACAAACUACAUACAACCAACUAGAGGAAAACCGACCUAAAUACUACCAGCAGGAACAGCAGCCGAAAUAUGCGCUCAAACCCGAUGGAACUUACUAUGAAGUCACUUAACCUCAGCAAAACUAUGGAGGACAGUGGAGGAACAACCAACAGGAAGA